AUGCCUUCUGUGAAAGUUAAACUUAACAAUGUACGGGUCAAACUGUUAAUAGACACAGGCGCAUCAAUCAACAUCAUUGAUGAAACAACUUUUGCUUACAUAAACAAAGUCAAACCAGUUGUGUUACAACGAGCUCACACCAAGCUAUUUGCAUAUGGAUCAAACAAACAAUUACCAAUAAUCAGAAAGUUUGACACUGUUGUUGAAAGUAAGAAACGAAUAACAGUUGCAAGUAUCCAUGUCGUGAAAGGCAAUAGUGGUUCAUUACUCAGUUACCAGACAGCAUCAGAAUUAAAUAUGAUCACUUUGCAUGUCAACAAAGUUAGUCUGAGUGUGUCCUCAAAUGACAUUGCCAAGAAAUACCCCGGCAUUUAUAAUGGAAUUGGUAAACUGAAAAAUUUUGAGGUCAAAUUACAUAUUGAUAAACAGGUGCCACCAGUUGCACAAUCAGCCCGCCGAGUCCCAUUCCAUCUACGCGGAAAGGUUUCUACCGCGCUAAAACAACUUGAAAAGGACGGUAUCAUUGAAAAGGUGGAGGGGCCCACCCCAUGGGUUUCACCUCUUGUGGUAAUUCCGAAAAACGAUGGGACUGUACGUUUGUGUGUUGACAUGCGAAUGCCUAAUUGUGCAAUUAAACGUGAACGCCAUCCAACUCCUACUGUUGACGACUUAAUCCAUGAAAUGAAUGGGGCAAAAGUAUUUUCAAAACUUGACUUACGAUCUGGAUAUCACCAGCUGACUUUAUCUAAGGACAGUAGAUACAUUACCACGUUUGCGACCCACAAAAGGUUGCAUCGCUACACACUCCUGAAUUUUGGAACAAAUUCUGCAAGUGAUAUAUUUCAGAAGGUUAUACAUGAUCAAAUUAAACAUAUUUCUGGAGCCCUUAAUAUCAGUGACGAUGUUAUCAUAUAUGGGAAAUCCCAGAACGAGCAUGAUGCUGCUUUACAAGCAGUUUGUCAACGUUUUAUGGAAAUUGGCUUAACUUUAAACGAUGAGAAAUGUAUGUUUAAUCAAAACAAACAUUCUUUGGUCUAGUUUUCUCAUCUGAUGGCAUUUCUGCAGAUCCUACAAAAGUUUCAGCUAUUAAGAAUGCUCCUGCACACCGUUGUGUGAAAGAUAUAUGUAGCUUUUUGGACAUGGCAACGUAUUGUGCCAAAUUCAUUCUGAAUUUUAGUGAUCUUACUGAACCACUCCGGAAAUUGACAGUUAAGAAUGCUCAUUUCCGGUGGACAAAUGAUGAGGAGUGUGCAUUUAACAAUGUAAAACGUGCUCUCAUCAGUGACAAAGUUAUGGCAUAUUUUGAUCAGAAUAAACACACUGAACUCACGACUGAUGCAUCACCUUGGGGUUUAUCAGCGAUAUUAUCACAGCGUAUGCCAGGCACAAAUGAUAAAAAAAUUGUUGCUUAUAUAAGUAGAUCUUUAUCGGAAGUUGAAAGGCGAUACUCACAAACUGAAUGUGAAGCAUUGGCAAUAGUGUGGGCAAUGGAGCGAUUACAUCUUUACUUGCUUGGAGCAAAAUUUACAUUAUAUAUGGAUUGUAAGCCUAUCAAGAUGAUUUUGAGUAACCCCUAGUCAAAACCACCAGCACGAAUUGAAAGAUGGAAUCUCAGAAUUCAAGAUUUUGACUUUAACGUUGUUUAUACCAGUGGUGCUAACAAUGCAUCAGAUUUUCUGUCUCAGCAUCUGUUAAGCAGAUGUCGACCAUACAGAGAAUUAUGUCGAGAAUUAUGUCAAUUUUCUUACAACCCAUGCCAUCUCGAAAGCGAUGACAUUACUGGAAAUAAAGGAUGAAACCAAAAAGGACAAAACAUUGCAAGGACUUGCUAAAAUUAUUCGUGAACAAUUGUGGGAUUCAAAACCCAAAUGGCAUGAACUCAACACAGACAAUGAUGAUAUACGUAAGUAUAUAAAUGUUCGGGACAAAUUAACCAUUAAUGACGAGGCAGAUAUAAUUUUGCGAGGGUCCCUUAUUGUUAUUCCUCGUUCACUGCAGCACCGAGCCAUAUCCACCGCGCAUGAAGGUCAUCAAGGCCUUGUCAAAACAAAACAAUUAAUAUGUGAGAAAAUAUGGUUUCCAGGCAUUGAUAAGGCUGUUAGGGAUAUGAUUGGCAGCUGUAUUGCAUGCCAAGCUAACAGUCACCCAAAUCCACCCACACCACUAAAAAUGAAUGAUCUACCUCCUGAACCAUGGCACACAAUACAUUUAGACUUUAGUGGUCCCUUUCUCACCAGAGAGUAUGUUCUAGUUACUAUUGAUGCAUAUUCUCGUUUCCCUGAGGUGGAAGUUAUUCACUCCACCUCUGCCAAAGCAACAAUAUUAAAGCUCGAGCGAAUAUUUUCAACCCAUGGACUUCCACAAAUUAUUAAAAGUGACAAUGGCCCCCCAUUCACUAGCACAAAAUUUAAAACAUAUAUGCAAGAAAAGGGUAUUGAACAUCAACACAUAACACCACUGUGGCUGCAGGCAAAUUCAGAGGCUGAGAAUUUAAUUAAGCCCAUGACAAAAGCAAUUCGAGGAGCGAUUACAGAACACAAGAAUUUGGAAGAAGAAACUCUAUAG